AUGGACUUCUUUACUCGAGAUAUAAAUGAGGACUCUAUCCUUAGGUGUCCAUUCUUGAGGAACAUUAACGAACCAACUAAUUUCUCAUUUGUUUCGCCUUUGACUUUUCCAAUGCCUGUGCGUGCGGCUAAAGGUCCAAUUUUUGAAGAUGGUCCCAAUUUUGAUUUGGCAUUUAGGCUUUUCCAUGGGAGCGAUGGUGUAGUUCCCUUAUCCGAGAGAUCUUUUCAGCGUUUGGACAAAAUGAAGCCCGAACUUCCAAAAUCCCAAUUCAAUCCUUUGGCUGCAAAGGCGGCAACUAUUAGUCUGUCAUCAUUUGGAUUUGGCGGACCUUUCGGUUUUGACUCAUUUAAUGAGAAGUGGAAGAAACAGAAUAAAAAAUCCAACUCCUCAAAAAAAGAACCUUCUUCAAAGGAUGGUUCAAAUCAUGAGGCAGGCAAUGACUGGCUACAAAAUGGGAACUGUCCAAUUGCAAAGUCAUAUCAGGCUGUCAGCAAAGUCCUUCCACUUGUAGCAAAGGUUAUUCAGCCUCCUGCCGGCAUGCAUUACAAGUGCCCACAGGUAAUAAUUGCGGCUCGGGCGGCUAUAUCACGCACCGCAUUUGCAAAGAAUCUCCGCUCUCAGGGCUUGCCAACAAAAGUUCUUGUGAUUGGGAUGAUGGGGAUGGCAGCUAAUGUCCCCUUAGGUGUAUGGAGAGAACAUACAAAGAAAUUUUCGCCAUCAUGGUUUGCAGCUGUCCACGCAGCUGUUCCUUUCAUAGCAAUGCUUAGGAAGUCUGUCUUGAUGCCUAAAUCAGCCAUGGCAUUUACUAUUGCAGCAUCGAUAUUGGGCCAGGUAAUCGGGUCAAGAGCAGAGAGGUACCGUCUGAAGGCAGUUGCUGCAAAAAAGUUGUCUGCAAUAGAAGCUUCUGAUGUUGGUCCAGUUAAGUUACCUGCGGUUAAAUCCAAAGACAGGCACUGUGGCGAUGAGGCUAUGAAGUGGAAUCCAGCUUCCCUUCAGCUGGCAGGAACUUCAUCAACUGAUGUAUUUUGUUGA